AUGGAGCAUAAUUUACACCACGCAACAACAAAUAUUAUUUCAAGGGAUGGAGAUAUUGAUUUAGCUCCAUUAUUAGCUUUGGUUCCAGAUGAUUUAUUUAAACAAAAAACUUUAAUUUCAAAUUUAAUUCUUCGUCUAAUUAUUCCUUACCAAUACUUUUAUUUUACUUUAAUGUAUCCACUUUUACGUAUUUCUUGGGUUACUCAAAGUAUUCUACAUUUAUUUACUUCAUCUAAAAGUAAAUAUAAAAAACAUCGAAAUGUUGCUUUAUUUGAACAAUUUGCUUUAUUUGGACAUUGGUUUUGGGUAUUUUUACAGCUUUGGUUAUUACCUUCUUUUUAUAUUAGAAUUGUUUAUUUUGCUAUAUCUCAGUUUGGUAAUUAA